AUGGAUAAGGGACUACAAAAGGAGCUAUCAGAAACAAAAGAAAUGAUAUCUAAGUUGGAGCUUCAAAAAGUAGAAUGGGAGCAUGAACUCUGCAGUUUGAGAUUAACUUUAAAACAAGAAAAACAAAAAAGAAGAAACGCUGAAAUGUUAUAUGAAAAGAUUCAGGAGCAACUAACAAAAAGAGAAGAGCAGUAUAAGAAAGAAGUUGAAAUAAAACAAGAACUUGAUUUUAAGCUUAGAGCACUAGAUGCAGAAUUGAGGAAUGUAAGAAAUAAUUUCAAUCAGGUUGUGGAAGAACGGUAUUAUACUGAAAAACAACUUUGUCGAGAACAGGAUGCCAGAAUAUUACAAGAUGGAAUUCUAAAGAAUCACCUUUGCAAACAAGAGGAGAUAGAAGUUGCUGUGAGACAACUUCAAGAAGAACUGGCCAAUACCCUAAAAAAACCAUCUAUGUCAGAGGCUUCACUGGAGGUGACAUCACGUUGUCGUAUGAAUUUAGAAGAUGAGGUAAAAGACUUAAAGGAAAAACUGGCUCAGAGUAUGAAUCAGGUUGAUGAUCUUACAGCAAAACUGGAAACUAUGUCUUCAAGAAACCAGGUUCUUAUUCAGGAGUUAUCAUCUAUGAAAGAAAUACAGAUGAAAUGUGAAAAGCUAGAGAAGAAUAAAAAGAAGUUGGAACAACAAGAAGUAAACCUCAGAAGUUGUGUAGAAGGCAACGUGACGCAAGUAGCAUUUCAAGAAAGCGUAGCACAGUUAAGAGAAAAUAAUAAUGCUUCAGUAAGAAGUCAAAUGGAACUCAGAAUUAAAGAGCUGGAAUUUGAAUUAUCCAAAAUGAAAAGUUUUCAAGACGUUACUAAAACAGAAUUGGACAUAUACAAGCAUCUCUACCUAGAAGAAGUAACACAUCGAAUGUCAUUGACAAAUGAACUGAACAAGACUAGUGAGAGGCUGGCAGAGACCAGUACCAAACUUCUGGUGGAGAAACAGCAAAAGCAAACUUUGCUUGACACUAUUAAUAUGAGGCCAGCCCUACAUCUGCCUUAUGGUAGAAAUGUUAAUAAUAGUUCACUAUUCAAUAGAAAUGUUGCUCUAAGAGAAAACGUGGUGGUUCCUACCUCAAACUCAUGGCGUUCAAGUAAUGACAUUGAGACUUUCUUGUUCAAGAGUAAUUUGGAGAGUCUCCCAGAGACCUACCUUGAUCAUUUAUCUGGGAAUGCAGAUCAGAAAGGGGCAAGUACAUUAAAUGAGAAAGUAGAAGCUUCUCCAGGAAAAUAUUCCUACGUGAAGGCUGCUGUGGAGGGGAAAUCUUGUAUUCCUAAUCGGCCCAGAGAAAUGGAGGAAAUUAAAGCAUCCCAAUCAGAGUCUCCGGGAGAAUAUUCUUUGUUGAAGCCUCCUGUCGAGGAGAAACGUUCUGGUCCUAAGAAAGGAGGAGAAAUGGAGGAAACACAAACAUCCAAAUCAGCUUCUCCAGGAAAAUAUUCCUACGUGAAGCCUGCUGUGGAGGGGAAAUAUUGUAUUCCUAAUCGGCCCAGAGAAAUGGAGGAAAUUAAAGAAUCCCAAUCAGCUUCUCCAGGAAAAUAUUCCUACGUGAAGCCUGCUGUGGAGGGGAAAUCUUGUAUUCCUAAUCGGCCCAGAGAAAUGGAGGAAAUUAAAGCAUCCCAAUCAGAGUCUCCGGGAGAAUAUUCUUUGUUGAAGCCUCCUGUCGAGGAGAAACGUUCUGGUCCUAAGAAAGGAGGAGAAAUGGAGGAAACACAAACAUCCAAGUCAGAUUUUUCAGCAGAACUAGACUUAGGAAUGACAACAGAAAAAGAGGAAAAAAGUUUUAAUGAAAGUGAAAAUAAACACCUUCAGAUUGAAGAAACGGAGGAGCACCAAAAUGAUGAAGUGGCAGUAUUAGAAAGCAUAUAUUCUUCUUCUGCUGCUGGACUAAUGCAUCCAAAAGGGAGUGGAAAAACUGGUAACAACCUAUGUCCUAUUACAGAAAAUGAAGAAUCUAAUGGUGAUCCUGCUUUGGAUAUAAAAAAAGGAAGGGCCAAGGAUAAAGGAAAACAAACAUCAAAAGAAUCUGUGAUUACAUCAAGGUUUGAGAAAGCCCCUUGUCUAACUUCUUGUCCUCUGCAAAUGAAUAAUGACAGCACUUCAAGUGGAACCGAUCAGGAUGAAGGAAGAUCUUCAAAGAAAACAUCUAGUGACAAGGAAGAGGUCAAAAAACAAAUUGAUUCUAUGGAUGACUUCGGUGUCUUAACUCUGUCAUCUGAAACAAUUUUGGAGGGUUUCCACAUGCCUGACUCUAAUCAUAUGAUUUGCAUGUCGCUAAUUGAACAGCAUGCCAUGGAUUGUAAAGAUUCUGUCAGUUUAUUGAAAAUCCAGCAUGCGGUUCUUUCAUAUGAAAGAUUAAUAGAACUUAUAAAAUAUCACUGUGGACAACUUAAAAGAAAAAAUAAAAAAAUGGAAAAUAUGGCUAAGGGACUACAAAAGGAGCUAUCAGAAACAAAAGAAAUGAUAUCUAAGUUGGAGCUUCAAAAAGUAGAAUGGGAGCAUGAACUCUGCAGUUUGAGAUUAACUUUAAAACAAGAAAAACAAAAAAGAAGAAACGCUGAAAUGUUAUAUGAAAAGAUUCAGGAGCAACUAACAAAAAGAGAAGAGCAGUAUAAGAAAGAAGUUGAAAUAAAACAAGAACUUGAUUUUAAGCUUAGAGCACUAGAUGCGGAAUUGAGGAAUGUAAGAAAUAAUUUCAAUCAGGUUGUGGAAGAACGGUAUUAUACUGAAAAACAACUUUGUCGAGAACAGGAUGCCAGAAUAUUACAAGAUGGAAUUCUAAAGAAUCACCUUUGCAAACAAGAGGAGAUAGAAGUUGCUGUGAGACAACUUCAAGAAGAACUGGCCAAUACCCUAAAAAAACUAUCUAUGUCAGAGGCUUCACUGGAGGUGACAUCACGUUGUCCUAUGAAUUUAGAAGAUGAGGUAAAAGACUUAAAGGAAAAACUGGCUCAGAGUAGGAAUCAGGUUGAUGAUCUUACAGCAAAACUGGAAACUAUGUCUUCAAGAAACCAGGUUCUUAUUCAGGAGUUAUCAUCUAUGAAAGAAAUACAGAUGAAAUGUGAAAAGCUAGAGAAGAAUAAAAAGAAGUUGGAACAACAAGAAGUAAACCUCAGAAGUUGUGUAGAAGGCAACGUGACGCAAGUAGCAUUUCAAGAAAGCGUAGCACAGUUAAGAGAAAAUAAUAAUGCUUCAGUAAGAAGUCAAAUGGAACUCAGAAUUAAAGAGCUGGAAUUUGAAUUAUCCAAAAUGAAAAGUUUUCAAGACGUUACUAAAACAGAAUUGGACAUAUACAAGCAUCUCUACCUAGAAGAAGUAACACAUCGAAUGUCAUUGACAAAUGAACUGAACAAGACUAGUGAGAGGCUGGCCGAGACCAGUACCAAACUUCUGGUGGAGAAACAGCAAAAGCAAACUUUGCUUGACACUAUUAAUAUGAGGCCAGCCCUAGAUCUGCCUUAUGGUAGAAAUGUUAAUAAUAGUUCACUAUUCAAUAGAAAUGUUGCUCUAAGAGAAAACGUGGUGGUUCCUACCUCAAACUCAUGGCGUUCAAGUAAUGACAUUGAGACUUUCUUGUUCAAGAGGCAGCAAGAGUUGGAAAAAAAUAUAACUAGAGAACUAGAAGAAGGUGCUGCUGAAUUUGAAUCAGGCUCAUCUGGUGGGACCACCUAUUUAGAAUCUACUUUUGAAAGUCAUAUAAAUUGUGAUGACGUACUGAAAUCACACAGAGAAUACUCAGAGUUUCUGAAGAAAAAGUAUAGCAUCUGAAACAUAAAUAGUAGAAAUUUAUUUACUGGAUGUUUAUACAACAUUUUAAUAGUUUCCUAUUAAAUGGAUGAUAUGCAAAAA